AUGUUUAAUGUGAGUGAGCCGCGCGCAGAGCCUAUCUAUGCUACAGUGGAGGUACAUGGAAAGCAGAUGAGGAUAGAGGUUGACACAGGGGCCUCUGCCUCUGUCAUAAGUGAGGAGACCUACAAACAAAUGUGGGGCUCAAAACAGGCUUCUGCCCUCACACCGGCAGGAAUCAGACUGCGUACGUACACCGGGGAGACCAUACCAUUGCUGGGAACUCUAGAGGUGGACAUUCUAUACAACAGCCAGGAAGCGAGAGCACGGCUCCUGGUGGUGAAAGGGAAUGGGCCUAGUUUACUAGGGUGUGACUGGCUAAACAAAAUACAACUGAACUGGGGUGAGAUAAAACAGAGUGACUGAGGAUGUCAUUCAAAAGUACCCAGAGAUUUUCAACUGGGCACACUGCAGGGCACUGCAGUUAAGCUGUUUGUGGAUCCUCAGGCCGAGCCUCACUUUUUCAAGCCCAGGACAGUGCCUUACGCCAUGAAAAAGAAAGUGAAAGAUGAGUUGGAGCGGCUGCAGGAAACAAACAUCAUUACUCCCAUUCAGUUCUCCCGCUGGGCACCUCCAAUCGUUCCCGUUCUGAAAAGUGAUGGCACUGUGCGUAUAUGUGGGGACUACAAACUCACCAUCAACAGGGCCUCUAAGCUAGACGCUUACCCGCUGCCGCGGGUGGAGGACCUGUUCCCGACACUGGCAGGAGGCAAGACGUUCUCAAAGCUUGACAUGAGUCACGCCUACCAACAGCUCCUCCUGGACGAGGACUCAAAAGAGUAUGUCACAGUCAACACGCACAAAGGCUUGUUCAGGUACAACCGCUUGGUUUUCGGAGUGGCGUCCAGCCCAGCCAUUUUCCAGAGGACAAUGGACAAUCUGCUGCAGGAGAUCCCUCAUGUAGCAGUGUACCUGGAUGACAUCUACCAUCUGGACCAGGUGUUAAAGAGAUUCUCUGAGGCAGGGCUGCGCCUGAAGUGUAGCAAGUGCACAUUCCAAGCACAGAGUGUGACAUACCUAGGUCACAAGAUCACAGCGCAGGGUCUGUGUCCUGUGGAGGACAAAGUCAGGGCAAUCAAGGAUGCUCCAAACCCCAAGAAUGUGUCCAAGCUCAGAUCGUUCCAGGGCAUGGUGAACUACUAUGGUAAGUUCCUCCCUGAGCUGUCAACAGUGUUGGCUCCACUUUAUCAGCUGCUCCACAAAGACUGUAAAUGGAAGUGGGGGCCAUCACAAGAGAAAGCUUUCAAGGAAGUGAAAGCACUAAUACAAUCAGUACAACUUCUGGUUCAUUUUGACCAAGACAAAGAGAUCAUCCUGUCAUGUGACGCCUCGCCCUAUGGCGUUGGGGCAGUACUCUCUCAUCAGAUGGAGGACGGGUCAGAGAAACCCAUUGGAUUCGCAUCACAUACGCUGACGAGUGCUGAGAAGGGUUAUUCACAGUUAGACAAGGAAGGUCUGGCCAUAGUCUUUGCUGUGAAACGCUUCCAUCAGUACCUCUACGGUCGUCAUUUCACCAUAUGUACUGACCGCAAACCACUGAUGAGGCUUUUCAGUGAAUCAAGAUGCAUUCCUCCCAUGGCUUCAGCAAGGAUACAGCGCUGGGCCCUCACACUGUCAGCUUACCAGUACACUAUAGUGUAUAGAGCGGGGAAGGACAAUGCAAACGCAGAUGCACUCAGCCGUCUCCCGCUACCAGAGAUGCCCGCCACAACUGUGGUGCCUCCAGAGACAAUUUUCCUAAUGGAGAGAUUGUCAAACUCACCUGUGAAUGCCAAACAGAUCAAACAGUGGACAGACCGGGAUCCUAUCCUGUCCCAAGUGAAAAAAUUCCUUAUGCAGGGUUGGCCUCCUGUCAUAGAGGAUGAUGGACUAAGACCUUAUGCAAAGCGCAAAACUGAGCUGAGUGUGCAGGAUGGCUGCAUACUCUGGGGGUCCAGAGUGGUUGUUCCAUCCCCUGGCUGUGCACAAGUCAUGGAUGAGGUCCAUGAGGCUCACCCGGGUGCCUCCCAGAUGAAAAGUUUAGCCAGAUCUUACAUCUGGUGGCCUAACAUGGAUCAGGACGUAGAAAACAAAGUUAAAUCAUGUUCUGAGUGUCAGAGUAACCAGAAGAUGGCGCCGCCCGCGCCACUACAUCUGUGGGAGUGGCCUGACCGCCCAUGGUCCAGGCUGCACAUAGACUUUGCAGGCCCUUUCAUGGGUCACAUGUUCCUUGUCAUGGUGGACGCGCACUCCAAGUGGCUGGAGGCUCACAUCAUGAGCAACAUCACAGCGACCACAGCCAUCGAAAAGCUUCGGCAGGUGUUUGCAACCCAUGGUCUGCCUGACUCUCUUGUGUCCGACAACGCAACAACAUUUACCUGUGACUUGUUCCAAGAAUUCAUGCGUAGAAACGGGAUUCGCCAUGUCCGCAGCGCUCCGUUUCACCCGGCCUCAAAUGGCUUAGCGGAGCGGGCUGUGCAGACACUGAAAGAGGGGCUCAAAAGGAUGACUGGGGGAACCAUCACAACUAAGCUCUCUCGGUUCUUGUUCCAGUACCGCAUCACGCCACAAACAACAACAGGACAGGCUCCAGCGGAGAUGUUGAUGGGCAGGAAGCCAAAAGCUCACCUGGAUCUACUGCGUCCGGACAUCAAAACACGAGUGGAACGGAAGCAGGAGAAACAAAAAGAGAGACAUGACCAUCACGCGAGGGAGAGACAGUUAAAACCCAAUGACACUGUCUACAUCCGCAACUUCACAAGCAGCCAACGCUGGUUGCCAGGUAUCAUUCUGAGUCAGAGUGGUCCCGUCUCCUUUGUAGUCAAACUGACUGAUGGUCGAGUCAUGCGCAGACACCAGAACCACCUACGCCUGCACUAUGACAAAGACAAUACCAUGUUUUCAGACGGAACAGCUGUGGGUGGUAGUAUACAAGUUGAAACCCCACAGGAAACAGUAUCUGAGGAACAGGGGCAUUCAGUGGUUCCAGCAGAGGGUGAUGGACAUUCUCUCACAAACACCCAACCCGCUCCUAUGCCCUCAGACCCAGCUCCACUGGGACACGCCUUACCUGUGUCUCGUGGCACACCAGGAGUACUGCGCAGAUCACAGCGUAGUCACAAGCCUCCUGAAAGUAGUUGA